AUGGAUCCUGAUGACUGGCUCCUGCCCAGAGAUGUUCCUUCAUGGUGUUUCUCUCCAGAAGAGGAGCCCCCUGCCUGGAGAGAAUGGUUCUGGCUCGUCGUAGAGGACGUUAUUUCUUCGGCUCGGAAAGUCUGCUCCUUGCUGUGUCGAGCGACUUUAAAGCUUACGAUCCUUUUCAUCUCAACUGUUGCCUGCGGCUUGAUCAUCGGCUUUUUUCUCAACAACGAAACAUACACGCCCUCACCCUCAUCCUCCAAGUUGAGUCCAUCUUAUUCUGAAAACGUCGAGCUCAUACCAAAGGACUUCGACCAUCAUGGAAACCAUCGACGGACCGCGGACGACAAGAAUGGCGCCCCCUAUCUCGUCUUCCCAGAGCCCACACUACUCCUGAGCCGUAACUGGAAAUUUAUGACAAGCCCUGCAUACAACGAUCUCCAAUCCCAACUCGUCUUCCAUGCCCACGAACCCUGGGCGCUACAUGUGAAAAGUCUCACGCACAUGGCUGACAGGACUGUGCAAGAAGAAUUUUCAAAGUUCAGCCAGUGUCAGGACCUCUGGAAACAACCGUCCAACAUGGCCAACGAGAAACUCAGCCUGGUCAUCACAAUGCUCAAGAAGAAGCGCGACGAACUUGCAGCUUUGGCUCAGCGCAUGGGCGAAACCACAUACUCGCGUUGUUCCCGUCAGCAAACUACUCAUCGAAAUGUCGAGGCCCUGAGCCACAUGGCCUUUUUGCUUGGCCUCGCCGCGGAGGAACAGGUUGAGAAGCUGGAAAACGACAUCGCAUGCUUUCAAUCCGUUAGGUGGAGGCUGGCUCAGUCGGCGGAUAACUUUCACUUUGUGAAGAACAUCAUUCCGAGUAAUAAGGCGUCGAGCAUGCGGGGCCGCAUAGUAAAUGAUGCAGAGAUUCUCAGAGUGGCUACUGAAUUCGCUACCCGCGAAGCAAGCGAGGUUGUUUCCUUUUUCAAACAUCACCUUGACAGAGCCAUUCUAGUCCGUUACGACAUCCUAACGGAACAAGAGAACAUGUCACGGUGGCUCGAGAAUGCCCGAGGUCCUUGCAGAGUCUCCAAGAAGCAAAUUGAUGUGCUUGAGAAGGUCAACAGUCUGCUCAGUCAAGGCCGGUUAUUGUCACAGGGGACGGGUGGGAGAGUUCAGAUGUAG